CACUUGGCAGAGUGACUGUGUCUGAGAGAGGUUCAAAACUGCUGUGGUGACAGAGGAAGAAAGAGCAAAAUGAAAGAGAGAUAAGCACGCAAGAGAAAGCCAUAAUGUGGGCAGGAUCUACUCAUUUAUAACAAACCUACAGAACUUAAAAGCAUAUUGUGUCUUUGUAUGGAAGGAGAAGUGGAGUUGGAAGCCUUUUUUGGAGGUCAUGGAAACCACACCUUCCCCUAUACCUGCAUCUGACGAGUGCAAUAAUUUAACUUCCAACUCCUCCAAUACUGGUGAACCACAGAUGGUGAUUCUGGGCACACUCAUGUCCAUUCUCGUUCUGGUCAUCGUCUUCGGCAAUAUAUUGGUGAUUACAGCCAUUGGCCGCUUCCAGCGACUCCAGACUGUCACAAACUGCUUCAUUACGUCACUUGCGUGUGCAGACCUGGUCAUGGGAUUGGUGGUGGUGCCUUUCGGCGCCGUUUUCAUCAUCCUUGACACUUGGCACUUUGGCAAAUUCUGGUGUAAUUUCUGGACGGCCACCGAUGUUCUGUGUGUCACAGCAAGUAUAGAGACGCUCUGUGUCAUCGCUCUGGAUCGCUACCUAGCCAUAACAUCUCCCUUCCACUACCAGUCCUUACUGACCAAGGGCAGAGCUCGCAUUGUUGUGCUGCUGGUGUGGGUCAUCGCCGGGCUCAUUUCCUUCCUACCCAUCUAUAUGGGUUGGUGGAUUUCCGAUACUACUGUUGCAAAGAGCUGCCUGAAGAAUGUUACCUGCUGUGACUUCAACACCAGUCCCGCUUAUGCCAUCAUCUCAUCAAUAAUCUCUUUCUACAUCCCCCUGGUCAUUAUGAUCUUCGUCUAUAGCCGCGUCUUCCAGGAGGCAAGGAAGCAGCUGAAGAAGAUACACAAAAGUGAGGGACGAUUUCAUGCUCAGAACAAUGGCAAAAAGCAAGAGGAAGCAAACAUCCACUGUGAAGCAAGGACUGGCAAGAAGCCUAAGUUCUGCUUGAAGGAACAUAAAGCUUUGAAGACUUUGGGCAUCAUUAUGGGUAUAUUCACGCUGUGCUGGCUCCCGUUCUUUGUACUACAUGUGGUCACGGCCAUAUAUGGGAAAGAAUUGAACAAUAUUGCAUUCAAAAUCUUAAACUGGAUCGGUUACGCUAACUCAGCCUUUAACCCACUGAUCUACUGUAGAAGUCCAGAGUUCAGGUACGCUUUCAAGGAGCUCCUGCACCUCAACAGGUCACGCUACCCUAACGAUAGGCCAGUCAAUGGAUAUGCAUAUAGUGGGCACAGCUGGAAAAGUGAGCACCGAGGGCGAAGCAAAGGCAGCUCAGAAGACAGUGACCCAGCUGAGGGCAACUCUGAGAAAGAGGGAUGCAUGUCAGCAGAUAAAACAGACUCUGAUGGGAACUGCAGUAAAAACAUAAUGUGUUGUAAAUCACCUUGCGAGUCCUGACUCUAAAGGUUUCACAUAAGGACAGGUUAUGCCUCAUCUGGUAAGUGGCCAGCGUUGGGUGUGUGUUUGAUAAAGGGACAUUUUUAAAUAUUUGUUUUCCUCAUCUACCUCAUUGCUUUCUCUUCUAAAUUCACUUGCUCUGUCGGUUCAUUUCACAAUGACCCUGCUCAAUAAACUGUUUGUGCCUUUAAAAAAGUAGUUUCAGCUAAAGAAAACAACGGCUAACUAGAAGCUAAAAAUGCUUAUCAAUUCAGAAUCAAAUGAGCAGAAAUGCUUGGAGAGAUUGUACUUCUUUGAUAGCAAAAAGACACUUUGAAGUGGUUGUUCACUAAAGGGACAUUCCUCCUGUGUCAUAUUUCUGUAAUUUUUCUUAAACUUAGAAACUGAAUUGCAGUUUUAAAGAAUGAUCUGCUUUCAUUAGAUUAACAGAGUAACAGGUAUUGGCUUCUGAAACAUUAUGACUGUAACUUAGCUAAAAUCGGAUGCUUUAAUAUUACAUCAUUCAGUUAUUCAGGCUCACAUCUGAACAAAAAACACAAGCAUUACUUCACAUAAUGUAUAAGGUUCAUUAAUUAAUUAUUCAUAAAAUAAUUACACCACAUAAAAAUUCUUACACCUGCCACACCCCUGUUUUAGAGUACAUCUAAAAAUGUCUGGGUUAAAACUGACUCAAUUGGUUAGUCAUCACAGAAACAACGCCUCUUACCACAAUGAAAGAGGAAGAGAAACCUUAUGUGCAUACCAGCUUGUUUAAGGAAAUUACUUAAUUAUAAAUUUCAGUCUUUUAGUCAUGUGAUUCAAGCCGAGUAAUCUUAGAUGGAAGUCAACAAAUAUAAACCAUUUUAUGCUAAUGCACAACGUCGCAUUUUCACAGCAUAAACAAAAAUCUGUAUCUCUUGCUUAAAACAUGUACGAUAACAGAACUUCCCUGGUUAUUCACCCUAGGCCUAUUCUUAACGUUUUCCAGUAAAAAUUAGCAAGUUCAACAAUCCUCAGUGUAAAUCUCUGAGUUUCAGUGUUUAUCAAAGUCAUUAUGUGCCUCCCCCUCAAAAGAUUAAAAAUAAAUAAAUAAACAUUAUCUAGAAAGAUAAGUAAGUUAGGAGGCAUCGAGUUUCCUGUCGAGUUCAGCUAAUGCAUGCAGUGUAAAUCACGCAGCUGUGUCCCUGUUUCCUCACUUACUCACAUUUCUGACCCAGGCGUUUAAUCUAAUGUUCCAUGCAUAUCAUAAACUGCGUAAGUGGUAAACCGUUUCAAUGCUUGUCAGUGUCUGUGAACUAUUAAUUUAGGGCAAGUGUCUCUCUGUUACUGUGCAGCCUGUUUAUGCUGUCGAAAACUGUGAACUUUGCUCUUUAGGAACUCUCUUCAUAUCAGUUGUGGCUUUUUGUUGUCUUGGUCAAUUUAAUGUGCAAAGCAAAACACUUUGAGGAUUUCAAACAUUUCUGUAUUUUUCCUUUAAUGGAUAAAAUGUAGUGAUAAUGCAUUUCUGUUUCAAUGAAGCAUUACAUCAAAGUGCAGUUUAAAACCAGCUUCCUAAAAGAGCGCACUGUAAAUCUGUUCAAUAUUUUACAUGGGAAAAAUAAGUCAAACAAUGUCAAUGUAUGUAAAUAUAUAUAUAUUGAAAAAAUGCUCGGUCACUGUAAACACAUGGACUACCAAGCAACAGCAUGCAUGUCCUUUUUCAGUAAGUGAAAGUGAAUGUGACCACUUAGACAGAUUUUUUUUAACUCUGCACCCUUCUGGGAAGGAUUUUCUCAACAUGUAGAUCACAGUAAGCUCUCGUGUAAAACUCUGACCUGUACCACCUUGUGCUAAAUGAAAUAUUUGUGCAAUCUUUGCUUCGACUGUGGUAAUGUGUUUAACAGUUGUGUUAUGACUUUAUUAUAAUAUUGCCUUCUCUGUGGACACACCUAACCUGUUGAGUAAAGUGUUUACAUUCACAAAUGUCUUUCAGUUAGACAUAGGUCACAGAUUAUUUGCAUGUAAAUUGUCAUGAAUUGCACUGCAUCAUGUUAGUGAUUAAGCAAUGCUCUAAAGUUAAUUACGCUAUAGACAUCAUAUUGAUGCCACAUUCAGCAUUUAAUGUGCACUAAGUAUUUUUUUCAAUAGUAAGUUUAACAAAUUUGUAGAGUCUAAUCACUUCAUUGCAUUCCAUCAUCUGUGUCUGUACAAGACAAGACAUUUCAUAGGCACCUUUUGGUUUUAAAAUGUUCUGCUUCACAGUUUGAAACAGACAUUUUGGAAAUUGCCUGGAAGGAGAUUAAUUGUCACAUUUGUAAGUACAGACACAGUGUGCGCAGCCUCUUACUGAUGCAUGAAGAUGUGACUAAAAAUGGCCUGAAUAUUGCGAGUAGAUUUCAAAUUCGUAAUGCAAAUAAAAAAGUUCAGUGAAAGCUUCCCACUCAACAACCUUUUUAGAAACUCUUACUUCAUGGCAUGUGUACUGUAUAUAAUAUUGUUCCAGUAUGAUGUUUACUUACAUUUCUUUGAGCUACUUUCAAGCUCAAAAGUUUUACGUUUUAUCACUGUUUUGUUGAACUACAGUGAAGUACGUUCAACAAUAUUUGUCUAUAGUUGUAUUUAUGAAAUACAAGUGUCAUGCCAUUUGUAUUCUGUAAUAAAUUAUGUAUUUAAUGUA